AUGUAUCAGAAUGGCAGCAGCAGCAGCUACGAGAUUAACACCGAAACGACGCCGUUCAGGGUCCUCGUGGUGGAUGAUGACCGCAUCCUCCGCAAGAUGCACAAGAUGAUGCUGACAAGACUAGGGAUCGAAGUGGAAGUGGCUGUGAAUGGGAAGGAAGCCGUCGACCUUCACCUUGCUGGGGCUUCUUUCCAUCUCGUGCUCAUGGACCUGCAAAUGCCCGUCAUGGAUGGCUCACAGGCUACAAAGGAGUUGCGAGGCAUGGGAGUGACGAGCCCAAUUGUGGGCGUGACGGCGGCUUGCGCUGAGAAGGCAGCAUUUUUGGCCUCUGGAUUGACAGAUUGCGUUUCCAAGCCACUCACAAUCAGCAAGAUAGCGAACUAUCUUCCGGCUCCCAGUCCCAACAACCAUGCCAAUAACUAA